CCAAAGUUAAUCUACUUUCAAUAUCUAAAAACAUGGCCAUUCGUUUGCUAUCUAUGAUUUCUGGUGUGAAGCAAUUCCACAAAUUGCAAUCUGUUGUUACUCGAAAUCAAAUAUCAGAUGUACCAAAAGGACAUUUUGCAGUUUACGUUGGAGAAACAGAGAAGAAACGAUACGUAAUUCCAAUUGCAUACUUAAAUCACACUUCGUUCCAAGAAUUGCUUCAGAAAGCAGAGGAAGAAUUCGGGUUUCAACAUCCAAUGGGCGCUCUCACAAUACCCUGCAACGAAGAUGCAUUUUUUCAUGUCACUUCUCGAUUGAACAAUUGUUUAUGA